CCUCAUCUUCUUCUCUUCACAUUCCACUACACUUUGAGUCUUGCACUUUGCACUCCCACUCUACUUUCAUACACUCUACCAACCCUUGAUACAUACACAAUGGCUGCCGUCGAGACCCCUUCCAAGGUUGCUGCUUCUGCCCUUGCAAACAUUGACCUCAACACCGCCAAGAAGGCUUCCGAGCCCACUCUCCUUUCCAAGCUCCAAGCUGCUGCUCCUACCAAGCCUGUCGUCGAGGAGGCCCAGGCUGCUCCCGAGGAUGACGUUGAGGAGUACCGUAAGCGAUUCGUCGGCGACCUCGAUUGCGAGGAAAAGGACGAGCCCUUGUUGAAGGAGACGAAUGCGAGGUUUGUCUUGUUCCCCAUCAAGUACCACGAGAUCUGGCAAAUGUACAAGAAGGCUCAGGCCUCUUUCUGGACUGCUGAGGAGAUCAACCUUGCCCCUGAUCUUCACGACUGGGAGAAUAAGCUCAACGACAAUGAGCGAUACUUUAUUGAGCACGUCCUUGCCUUCUUCGCUGCUUCUGACGGUAUCGUCAACGAGAACCUUGUUGAGCGAUUCUCUGCCGAGGUCCAGGCUGCUGAGGCCAAGUCUUUCUACGGUUUCCAGAUCAUGAUGGAGAAUAUCCACGCCGAGACCUACUCUCUCCUUAUCGAUACCUAUAUCAAGGACACUGCUCGACGAAACUUCCUCUUUGACGCUAUUGACACCAUUCCUUGUAUCCGAAAGAAGGCCGACUGGGCUCUUCGAUGGAUCUCUGACAAGCGAUCUUGUUUCGGUGAGCGACUCAUCGCUUUCGCUGCCGUCGAGGGUAUCUUCUUCUCUGGUUCUUUCGCCUCCAUCUUUUGGCUCAAGAAGCGAGGCCUCAUGCCUGGUCUCACCUUUUCUAAUGAGCUCAUCUCUCGUGACGAGGGUCUCCACACCGACUUUGCCUGCCUCCUCUUCACCCAUCUCCGAAGACGCCCUCACCCCGACACUAUCGCCAGGAUCAUCAAGGAGGCCGUUACCAUUGAGCAAGAGUUCUUGACUGACGCUCUCCCCGUAUCUCUUAUCGGCAUGAAUGCCAAACUCAUGUGCCAAUACAUUGAGUUUGUUGCCGAUCGUCUUCUUGUUGCCAUGGGUAACGAGAAGAUCUGGAACUCUACCAACCCCUUUGACUUUAUGGAGAUGAUCUCCCUCCAAGGCAAGGCCAACUUUUUCGAGUCUCGAGUAUCUGCAUACUCCAAAUCUGGUGUCAACCAGGCCGUCGGUGCCGCCGAUCACAACGCCAUCAAGAAGGGCUUUUCUCUCGACGAGGACUUCUAAAUGUGUGGUUGAUUGGUUUGGGUAUGCUGGACAUUGGUGUAUUAUUUGAGCUUGAUUUUAAUUUUGUUGUCACUUUUUAAUUAAUAGUAAAGAAGUCUUGUAACACUUUGAUGAUCUGAGUCGUACGGCGUGGUGCGAGCGAGAGCAGUCUGGUGUUUUAUAGUAUAUAGAAUAGCAUGGUUGUGGACGAAAAGCAUUAUGACAUGCAAGAUGCAAGAUAAUGACAUGAU